GUACAGUGUGGUCCACUGCUAAAGGGAACACUCAAAUGUGCGACUCUUACUUUGCAGCCACCCUAGCUGCAAGUGGCGGUGGAAGCAAUGUCAGUGCGUUGCACAGGUGUGUCGAAAGGAGUCAAAACUGCCAACCAGGAGUUAUCUGCUGAAAAUCUAGGCAAUUGUACUCCUGCGAGAGAGGAAAAUCUGGGUGUGCUUUACACUCAAGUGUUCUUAACAGUGAACCACUCUGUACGGCUGUACAGAGGCAUGAGCUCGAUCCUGUCCACUGUGGCACUGAAUGAGUAUGCUGCAGUAUUAAGGAAAGUGUCAAACAGCUAUCGGGCGCACUUUCACCCUACUCAGCUUCUGUGGAGAAAGGUACAAGAGGCCAUCCACAAGCUGCAUCACCUUUGCACAAACCGAGUAAUUGGUGAAGGCACAAUAGCGAACCAGAAGAUUGGCGAGAUGGAUACCUGUAUCCAUCUUCUGGGCGAGAAGUGGAAUAUAGAACUACUGAGAAGCGGGAAUUCAAGCCUCCUUGCAGAUCUGGAGCUCCUGAGAACGUCUGUGGCGGACAGUGCUCCUGCAACAGUGUUCAGGCCCAGGAAAGAGCUCAUGGUUGUGACAUUGUUGAGACGGAUGUGUGACGAGGCCUGCAUCACUCUGGACCAACUGAAUGACACGCUGGCUUCGAGGGCGGAGAAUCAGAACUUGCGAGGGUUACGGUCACGCCGGCGAGAGAACUUCAGGAGGCUCCUUGAAAGUGUGCCUGUGCUGUGCGAUGGCAUUUCGUUAACUCUCUGGAUAAUCUUCUGCUGCAUCAGACGAGUCAACGACACUGAGUUGCUUGAUGAGUUGCAAUUUGACAAGUUUCUAAGGAUACUAAAAGCACUGGUGAAGUUUCUCGAAAACUUGCACUCUCAGACGUCUCCCUCCCAAAAUCGGUGGGACGAGUCGUGCAAGCUCUGCAGGGAUUGUGUGGCAUUGCUUCUGCGACAUUUGAACAAUGACUCGACAACACUUUAUUCAUCACUGAGUGGCCGUGUUUUAUGACACCUGUGGUGCUAAUACAAUGAAACAUGCGCAUGCGUUACCCAUGAAUUCUACAAGUGCACUUAUGCAAGACCUGAAUGAGCAUCGAAUGGCUGACUGUGUCUGGUUGGAACCUGUACACAAGUUCCCUUAUUUUUCUAUGAGAUGCUCACAUACUUGAUGAGCCAGUGUAGUGUGACAUGCUAAUGUUCUGGGCAACGCCAGUCAUUGCCCGUAAUUGCAAAUACAUCCUAGCCACGGUUUGAUACCUUCUAUAAAUAAAAUUGACUUGUGUCGCUACGUUGCUUCAAUGCUAAUUGCAUUGACAUCGACAGUGAUCCUGAGAUGGGUUCUGGCAUAAUGUUUUGCUACAAAAUAAAGCAGUUUUAUU